AUGGUAUUCUUCGCGGCAGGUACUUCGGUUUUAGGAGUCGGGUAUUUCUGGGUCGCGUUCAUCGUAGCGUCUGUUUUGGGACAAGUGAACGUCCCGUUCCUUUCAAAGUUUGUGCGCGAUACGGCGAAGCGAGGCAAGACGAGAGGCGUCAACUUUGAAGAAGACGACGAUACAUCGAAAACGAAACGAAUCUUAUUAAACGUUCCGCACGCGUGGUUCACGCACUUCUACGUCGUCGGUACCACUUGGAACGCGUAUACUUUGUUGCGAUGUAUUCAAUCAAAGAGAAAUAGUAUUGGUGUGUUUUCAUUCGCGAAGGCGGUCUUAGGAGACUCGAGCGGCGAGCUUCUCGCGAGCGUCUUGUUUCAGUUUCACGUCACGCGACGGUUGAUGGAAUCUUUGUUCGUCAAAGUGAACAAGAAGAAGGCGCAAAUGCACGCGAUUGGAUACGUUCUAGGUUUACUCUAUUACGUGUGCGCGACUUUGAGCUUAAAAAGUAGCAACGAAGAAAAGGGAGAAAGAAAAGCCGACUUUUUUUUCGCCUCUCUUCUCUUCUUCUACGCCAAUUGGAAGCAAUACGAGUGCCACGUGUUACUCCGGAACGCUCGCUUACAAACCGACCGAAGAGAUCAAUACGCGCAAAUAGAUUCCGGUUUGUUCUCCUUAGUCGCCUGUCCGCACUACUUUUUCGAGUGCGUUUUGUAUUUCAGCCUUUGCGUUAUACUCCGGUUUUCAAAGUCGAGCGCUUUGAUGUUCCUCGCGGUUUGCGGAAACUUGAGCGUAGAGGCUAAGAACCACUUGAUUUGGUAUCGUCGCCGAAUUAAAGGCUUUCCCAGACACAGGAAAGCUAUGGUGCCGUAUUUGUAUUAA